AUGGAGCUUGGAGAGUGCACGAGGAACCCGGGCUACCAGGAGGCGGACAGGGAGGCGGACAGGGCGGCGGACAUCACCACCACCAAUGGCCCCGAGGAGAGCCGUGACUCCACCGGCGUGUGUCUGGACUCGGACGCCGUCGAGUACACCCAGAUCAAACCUUUCGCCGGGAUGCCCAAAGAGGUCCUGCUGCUGUACUCCAGCCAGGCCCGGUACCGAGUGCCCCGUGAGAUCCUGUUCUGGCUCACGGUGGCCUGCACCCUGGCGCUGGUGGCGCUGAGCAUCACGGUGAUCGCGCUGUCGCCCCGCUGCCUGAGCUGGUGGCAGGUCUCCCCGGUCUACCAGGUGUACCUCCGCUCCUUCAAAGACUCGGACGGAGACGGGGUGGGAGACCUCCAGGGUUUGCAAGAGCAGCUGCAUCAUUUCCAGUAUCUGAACAUCAAGUCAGUUUGGAUCACUCCCUUCUACCGCUCUCCCAUGAGGGACUUUGGCUAUGAUGUGGAAGACUUCAAGGCCAUCGACCCGCUCUUUGGCACCAUGCACAAUUUUGAAGAACUCCUGGCUGAAAUGCACAGCAAAGGCUUGAAGCUCAUCAUGGAUUUCAUUCCCAAUCACACCAGUGACAAGCACCGCUGGUUCAACCUGAGCCGCACCAGAGAUGAGCAUUACAAAGACUACUAUGUCUGGGCUGACUGCAAUGCAACUGCACCAAAGCCUAAUAACUGGGUGAGUGUGUUUGGGAACUCGUCAUGGACCUAUGAUGAAGUCAGAGGACAAUGCUACUUGCACCAGUUCCUCAAGGAGCAACCAGACCUCAACUUCAGAAACCCACAUGUUCGCAAAGAGAUGAUUGACAUCCUUCAUUUCUGGCUGGGAAAGGGAGUGGAUGGGUUCCGCAUGGACGCAGUGAAGCACCUCCUUGAGGCCACGCACUUGAGGGAUGAACCACAAGUGGAUCCAAACAAACCUCCAGACUCUGUAACUUCAGAGUGGGACCUCCACCAUGACUACACCACCAGUCAGCUGGGGUUACAUGACCUACUGAGGGAAUGGAGGGCGGAGAUGGACAAAUUCAGCCGUGAGCCUGGCAGAUACAGGUUCAUGGUGACGGAAUCAUAUGACUACCACGAGGUGGACAAGACCAUGAUGUACUAUGGCACCACACUGGUUAAAGAGAGUGACUUCCCCUUUAACUUCUACCUGCUCGACCUGCCUCAGAACACCAGUGGCUUGUGGGUUCAACACCUGGUUCACCUCUGGAUGUCCAACAUGCCCAGAGGACAGUGGCCCAACUGGGUGGUGGGGAACCAUGACAAACCUCGGAUCACCUCCAGUGCUGGACGACGUUACAUACAUGUCAUCAACAUGCUGCUGCUGACCCUUCAGGGCACGGCCACCACCUACUAUGGCGAGGAAAUCGGCAUGGAGAACAUCAAUGUUACACAGAGUCAGAUACAGGACCCUGCUGGCAAAUACAAUGCAAGUGCCAGUCGGGACCCUCAGCGAUCUCCAAUGCAGUGGAGUGGUGAUAUGAACGCGGGCUUCAACAACAAAACCAACAUCACCUGGCUGCCUGUACACCCUGACUACAGCAGGGUCAAUGUGGAGGCCCAGAAGAAAGAGGAAGGCUCUCUUCUGGCCCAGUAUCGUUUUCUGAACACCCUGCGUCAGUCAGAGCUCCCACUCCAGCGUGGCUGGUUCUGCUUCGUCCACGCCGACAUUAAUGUUUUCUCCUACCUAAGAGAGCUGGAUGGGCUUGACCGGGCUUUCCUCAUAGUCCUCAACUUUGGCAAAGAAUCCGCGGUCACGGAUCUCUCUACUGUUAGCGAGUUGCCGGACCAGCUGAUGGUGCUGAUGAGCACUGACCGGGAGAAUGAUGGGAAAGUGUUGCAUAAGUCUCGCAUCCUGACUGCAGCGGGAGAGGGUUUGGUGAUCCAGUACUCCACCUACACCCGCUUUAAUCCCAGCCACCCCAUGCAGUGCUAUGUCUCUGAGAAAGCCUGCUACCUGGCGGCUAUAGACAUACUUUAUAAAUGCUAAUAUGACAGCACCAUGCUUUUAGAUCAUUACGCCUGGGCAUUUGCAAUCAAAUAGUCCUCUCCUUGCAUAUUUAUAAAUAUCUUUUUAAGGGCAAUAAAUAACUUUUUUUUAUAUAGAAGGUUGGUAGAUCUCAGUGUUUCCUCCUACUACACAGAUAUGGUAUUUUCAGCUUGAACUGCUGAACGUGAAGUCCCUCUCCGCACAGUGCCUUUUGGUAUUAGACUUCACAUUAACUCUGGAUGAAGCCACCAGCAUUCUUAUCUUCUCUUGCACUGGUGUGAUGAAGCUUCCUGUAGCGCUGGUUGCCUUGGCACCAGUAGUGGGCUUUUGGUUGGGUUACAAUCCCUGAGUGUAUCCCUGCUAUGUCCUUCUCUUGCGUGGAUGUCGCGGAGGCUCCAGGCCAAGCUCAGUGUAGAGGAAGGCGAGCUGGAGGGCACUCUGUGUUGGAGAAAGAAGGCCAAGGACUUUAUCAGUCUGCAUACAUCAACUAAGUUUUAUUCUCUCAAAAGUCAUACAAGUAGUUCUUGUGUGGCUGAUAAGGAGAAAUGGUUGGUUCAAUGGGAAUGUAACCAAGUGAAUUUACUUUCAUAAAAAUGCAGUAAUUCUGAUUCAAAAAUAAAAGUUAGCGUUAUUAUGUUUUACAAAGUUCAAAAAGUUUCUGCACUACUACAUAAUGCUGUGGAUUUUUCUUGAGUGAGCAGAGUCCAUGACAAGUCGGAAAAACACUGACCGCUUCUUUUUACAGGCCAAUAAAACUAUGUUCUGGUGUUGGAGUGGA